CAGACGAGAGAGAGGCGCCAUUUUGCGCUGCCGCCGUUGCCUGCAGGACUGGUCGGGAGGCUCUGCAGGGAGGGAGGCAGGAAGGAGGCCGCUGCCCGGGACUCGCGUCCCCGUUCGCUGAGCACAGCAACCAGCACCCCGCCGCCAUGAGCGACGUGGAGGAGAAUAACUUCGAGGGGAGGGAGUCUCGCUCCCAGUCAAAAUCUCCAGCUGGGAGUCCUGCUCGUGUAAAAUCGGAGAGCAGGUCAGGAUCUCGUAGUCCAUCGAGGGCGUCCAAACAUUCUGAAUCGCACUCCCGGUCAAGGUCAAAAUCCAGGUCCAGAUCGAGAAGACAUUCUCACAGACGUUACACUCGCUCCAGGUCCCAUUCUCAUUCUCAUUCCCAUAGGAGACGAUCUCGAAGCAGAUCGUACACGCCCGAAUAUCGUCGCCGAAGGAGCCGCAGUCAUUCUCCAAUGUCUAACCGAAGAAGGCACACUGGCAGCAGAGUCAGAAACCAUAGUGAUAAAGUGAGACGUGCCAAAAGUCAAGCAGAGCUGGGCCUUACAAAGGCUAAUCCAGAUCCUAACACAUGCCUUGGAGUGUUUGGCCUCAGUUUGUAUACCACUGAGCGAGACUUGCGUGAAGUCUUUUCCCGUUAUGGACCUUUGAGUGGCGUCAAUGUGGUUUAUGAUCAGCGGACUGGACGAUCAAGAGGAUUCGCUUUUGUUUAUUUUGAGAGAAUAGAUGAUUCUAAAGAGGCGAUGGAACAUGCAAAUGGCAUGGAACUGGACGGCAGGAGGAUCCGCGUGGAUUACUCCAUCACUAAGAGAGCGCACACGCCCACCCCGGGCAUCUACAUGGGCAGGCCAACCCACAGUGGGGGUGGCGGCGGCGGUGGUGGUGGAGGAGCAGGUCGUCGUCGUGAUUCCUACUAUGAUAGGGGAUAUGAUAGAGGAUAUGAUAGAUAUGAAGAAUAUGACUACCGGUACAGGAGACGAUCACCUUCACCUUAUUAUAGCCGAUAUCGAUCACGGUCAAGAUCCCGCUCCUAUAGCCCGAGACGCUACUGAAGAAUGGAAGAAUUCUAGUUGUGGACAUGAUUUUUAAAUAAAGUUCUGCCCUUAGCUUCCCUUUGGUCUCCCCCUCAAAUCUCUUAUAAGAUCUUUGGUUCAUUUAGAAGAUACAUAUUUUCAGUUGAAGUAUUGCUGUUUUCCACCCCCUUUUAUUGUAAUACUCUUAAAAUUGUAAUUGUUGUAGUUUUGUGUAGUUAAACAUCUUAAGCAAAACUAAAUAGAAAUCCCAAAGCGUUAUUACAUUUUGUAAGUCAUUCUGUUUUUGUUUUUAAAACAAUUGUACUCCUGGCUAAUCUAAUGAGGAGAAGAGAGUAUUGAUGUUUUUUAAAGCUUGCAUGUUGUGUGUAAUAUACACGUUCAGCUACUUUAAUAUAAACCUGUGUUUCCAAAAAAAUUUGUUAAUCUUUCUGUUAAUGCUUGGUUGUUAAUUUUGAAAAAUAAGCAACAUCUCUGAACCUUUUCUGUAAUGGCGAAUUUCACUAGAUAGUCAUGAACCCAACGGGUUUUUUGGUUAAACUGCUUUGAGUGUAGAAUAUUAGAGCUAUAGCAAAUUUUCAUAUUUGGUUUAACUUCUUUGGAAAAACAGAUUCUUAUACACUGAAGAUAAAGGUUGUGUUUUAUAGAUGAAAAGUUUCUAGACUGCUACACAAGUUAAACCCAUAAAAAUCUUAACUGAUUUUUAUAAUUGAACUCAAAGUAGUGUUUCCCCUUAAUCAGUGCAGGAGAAAAAAUAUUUAUUGAACAUAGCAAUUAGUUAUAUAAUUUGCUGUUCAUACAAACUCAUGUUAGUAUUGCAAUGAUGGUUAAGGAAGUUCUAGUUUCCAGUCCUUUUGAAGUUUCUGGUAUGGAUAGAAAAAUUACAGUUACAUAUUAACCUCUUCUUCCUCAAAAUAAAGUUAAUUACACAAAGGGA